CCAUUUUCAUUAGCAUUUUCUUUUGGCAAGCUAAGAUGAGAGGAUUAGAUUACUACCUGCCAACAAUGGCUAUGUUGUUGGUACAGUUUCUUUAUGCAGGUAAUAGUCUUGUCGUAAAAACUGUUCUCUUACAGGGAAUGAGCCCCAGGGUGUUCAUAGUGUAUCGCCAUGCUUUUGCAACAACUGUGAUUGCUCCCAUUGCUUAUUUCCAAGGGAAAAAUUCUGCCUCAUAUUCCUUAAAUUUAAGAAGCUUUUCCUUGAUAUUCUUCACCGCACUAAUUGGCAUUGCAUUGAGUCAAAACUUAUAUGCUGAGGGUCUAUCUCUGACCUCUGCUUCAAUCGCAAGUGCAAUGGCCAACUUUGUUCCAGCAGUCACAUUUGUUAUGACAACUUGUUUAGGAAUGGAGAAAGUGAAUAUUCGAAGCUCAAGAUCUUUAGCCAAGAUAGUAGGGACAAUGGUGUGUGUGAGUGGAGCAAUGUGCAUAGCUUUCUUGAAAGGUCCAAAGCUAUUAAAUGUAAAAAACCUGCCAUCACAAUCCAUCAUGGCUUCAGGAAGUGAGAGCUGGUUGCUUGGUUGUCUAACUCUCUUUGGAUGUUGUUGUGCCUGGUCAGUUUGGCUCAUUGUACAGGUUCCAGCCACUGAAAGCCACCCACAUCACUUAUCUUUUUCAGCUUGGAUGUGUUUUAUGGGAACAUUAGAAUCAGCAGUAGUGGCACUAUUACUGGAGCCAGACCUAAAUGCUUGGAAGAUUAAUUCUCUACUUGAACUUGGUUGCGCUUUAACUUCAGGGGUAAUGGGAUCAUCAGCAGCGUAUUUUCUGCAAGCAUGGUGCAUUUCAAGGAGAGGUCCUCUCUUCUGUUCGAUGUUCAAUCCUCUUUCCACAGUGAUUGUCACAAUAUUGGCUGCUUUGUUACUUCAUGAGCAAAUCUACAUUGGAAGCUUGACAGGCGCAAUUGGAGUGAUCAUUGGCUUGUACGUUGUGCUUUGGGGUAAAGCUGAGGAAGUUGUAAUGAAAGUGGAGACUGUCACAAAAUCGAUGGUUAAUCCCUCAGAGGAAGUAAAAAUAUUGAUGAAGGAAACUUCUAAAGAAGUACAUUGUAAAACUGAUUUGAAAGAACCCCUUUUAUUUGCUGAAUCUCUACUAACAUAGAAACAUAUAAGUCAGGCUAGACUUUACUCUAAACAAGCCUGGCCUGUAAUAUAAUUAUUAGGCCUGAAUUUAGCCUGUUACUUGUUAAAGGCUUUAUUUUAGGCCUGACCUGACUUGUUUAAGUGGCUUGACCUGACCUAAAACCUGUUAACAAAGCCUG